AUGGACAGAACAAUCAUCCGGUUGAGCCACUGUGACAGAAACAUCUACUGCUUUUCUGCGGAUUUGGCGACACAAAGUUUGUCACGCUGUCCUGUUUGCAAGGAGCCUUUGAAGUUCAGUCUCCUCCAGGCGCCUGUAAGUGUCCCCUGUCCUUUUUCCGAUGGACACCGGGUGCCUUGUGCCUUUACCAUCGGAUCCAUGCAGGGACCCCAGUUCCUCGGUGAAUGGGAUAAUUUCGAGCUGCACAUUGGGAUAUCAAAUUCUAAAGGUGUGGUCUAUAACUACACCCUGACUGGAGUGCGGCGAGACGAGUCUGGAUGGGAGCAGUGUGUCUCUGUGCCACUGCUCCACCCUGAUGCUGAGCCCCUGAGGAUGUGCUGGGACCGAGAGCUGGAGCAGUUUUCCCUCUCGGAUUCAUGGGCUCCAGACAGAUUUUAUGAAGAAAGGGAAUUUGGUUCUUGCUGUUAUAGUUUUGCUCUGACCUUCAUAAACCACAUGCGAACCACAGAAGGCAAACCCAUUGUGACCAGAGAUGACUUCACAGGCACGUAUGUCCUUCCCAGGAUUAGGACCAUCUCCAAAUAUAUCACAGUGUACAGAGAGAUUCUUAAGAAGGGAUUUUAUGUAGUGGAUGGAUCCAAAUCUCUGACCAUAUAACAAGCAAUAGCUGUAUUUUUGUGAUCAGUGAAACUAAAUAAUUAAACGUCUUUGUUCAUGUAAAAACAAUCAUUCAGCCGUCACUUCUGCAAUGCAAGGUCAUGGUGGUCCAGAGUACAGCCUGGACAGGACACCAGUUCAUCAC